ACAAAAUGACAGAUCAAAUAAGUUUAUUUAACAAUCGACUCUCUCAACAACUUGCAAGCUUACAAGAAGAAUAUCAGCGUUGGAAUAAUUAUAAAACAGAUUAUGACGCACUUGAAUCACUCUUGAAGACAUUACCAGAUAAUACAACAAAAAGUGCAAUGAUACCUUUAGGGAAAAUGGCGUUUAUGCCCGGAAAACUUGUACAUACAAACGAAAUACUCGUUCUUUUGGGUGAUAAAUAUUAUGCAGAACGUUCAGCCAAACAAGCGAUUGAUAUCUUGAGUCGACGUAGAGAAUAUGUUCAGGAAAAUCUUAAUCUAGUAGAAGCACAAUUGAACAGCCUCAAAGCAAAAUCCAAUUCAAUAUUGGAAUCAGGCAUCUUGGCAGAAAAUCAAUUUAAUGAAGAAGGGUUACCCAUUAUGGAAAUCAGAGAGGAAUGGCCAGAAGACGUGAAAGAAGAGAAAGAAAAGCGAAAAGGAGCUCUAGUGAAAGUAUCAUCGACAGAAUUACCACCUUCUGUUCAACGAGCUCGUGAUAUGAUGAAUCAGAGUGUAAAAGAGAAAUCAACAGAUGAAAAUAAAGCACUAUUUGACAUGUUGGAUGAAUUGGAAGGGGAAGAGGAGGGAGAACAUGAAGAAGAACAUGUAGAUAGUAAAGGAAAACCUUGGUUAAAGAAACUGAAUGAGGAAAGUGAUCAGGAAGAGGAGAAUGAGGAAAAUGAUGAUGAUCGAUAUGAUAUGGAGAUAUCAGAAAGCAUUUUUGACAGAUUGAACGAGGAAAAUGAUGAAGAAUAUCCAUUAGAUGGUAUUGUGGAUCAAGAUGAUUUUACUUAUUAUGAUCAGGAAACAGUCGAGGACGAUACGUAUGAAAGAAGUACACCCAAGUUGAUUACAAAGCCAAAGAAUAAAAAGAGUGAAGAAAAGAAACCAGAAAACAAAACUCAACCUAUGCAAGAAUAUGUAGCAGAGACAACACAGGGUGAUUUGGCGAUAGCGCCUAAACAGCUAAAGGAUGAAGAAGAAAAACCAAAGAAUGAAAAGAAAAAAAUGAGCAAAUUCAAAUUAAUGAAGCAGCAGGAGCAAAGUAAAGGAAAGACAAAGGAAGAAGCUUGGAUAAAGAAUGUGCCAACAGAAAAAACACCAGAAGAGCAGACGUCAAAAGAUAAACCCAAGAAAGUGUCAAAGUUUAAAUCAAUGAAACAGCAAGAGCGUGGUGAAGAAAAGGAAGAGAAACCCAAAAAGGUAUCUUGGGGCGCAAAUACCACAGUGAUCGAACACGAAAAUCAUGAUGCUCCAUCUGUGAUAUCACAAACUAGCAGCUACUCAGAACCUGUAAAAAAUGAAAAAGACGCUACGAAAAUGAUCCGAUCACCAGCUGAUAUCUUUAAAGUCAUACGUCAAACACAAGAAGAUGGUUAUCCGUCAUUGGACGAUGACGAUAACGGACAAGAAGGAACGUCUGACCCAAUAGACUUGAACGAACUCAUCGAAGCUGCUCGAGAGAAGCGAGAGCCUUAUUAUAGAACAACAGACACGACAAUGAUACAUAUACCUAGACAAAUAAAUCACAGUGAUGAUGACGAUGAAGAAGAAGAAGAAGAAGAACAAGGUAGUAUCAUUGUAGCUAAUAAGAAUAAACUGGACAACAAGAUUAUGAAGGGAUCUGUCAUGGAAAGAGACACUGCGCCUGUAGAUAUGGAAAAGUUGGAAGAUGAUAUGGAUCUACGAGAGGUAUUUCUAUUGGCUUAUUGUGAUUUACAACUAACUUUCUCUCUCUCCUAGAUCACAUCUAAAUAUCAUCAAAAGCGACAACAGCUAUUGGCAGCAACAGGUGGCUUUUCGUUUGAACCAAAGCCUGAGAUAGAAGUCUUUGAAGAAGAGCUACCAUUGCCAAGAGAAGAGAAAGAAGAAGAAGAGCAGGUUGUGCCGAAGAAGAUGUCAAGAUUUAAAGCAGCAAGGCUUGGCUUAGUGAAAGAAGAGCAUCAUUAUUAAUAUUCCAUUCUAUUGUUUAUUCUUUAUGCAUUUUAUUAAAAUGGUUAAUUGGAUGAAAUGUCAUUGUUGCUAUUACUAUUACUAUUACUAUUAU